UGAAGAAGGACAAGGCAUAUGGAGCACAGCUGACCUGCCAGCUACAAGUUACUUGGCUUUGCAAUGGAACAGUUCACCUUUUUGCUGCUGUUAGCUAUCAAGAUACAUUCAACGGAUGCACAAUUCAAUGGGUACAACUGUGAUGCUAAUCUGCACAGCAGGUUCCCUGGUGAAAAGGACAUCCUUGUCUUUUGUGGAGUACAGACCAUAACAAUCAAGAUCAAUUUUUGUCCAGUACUGUUCUCUGGCUACUCAGAAACAGACUUAGCAUUAAACGGCAGACAUGGCAACGCACAUUGCAGGGGUUUUAUUAAUAACAGUACUUUUCCCACAGUUGUCAUAUUCACCAUCAACCUCAAUACACUAGAAGUCUGUGGAAAUAGCCUAGUGGUCUCCGCUACUCAAGGACUCAAUGCAUUAGGUAAUAUUUCGAUGGUGCAAUUUGGGAACAUUUCAGGUUAUAUUGACACUCCAGAUCCACCAACCAUUAUUAGCUACCUGCCAGGGCUACUGUAUAAGUACAGCUGCAGCUACCCAUUGGAGUACCUUAUCAACAACACCCAGCUUGCUUCAUCAUCUGCAGCAAUUUCAGUGAAAGACAGCAAUGGUACAUUUAUCAGUACUUUGAACUUACUCCUGUACAAUGAUUCAGCCUACAAUCUCCCUCUAGUGAUACCGCCAGCAGGUUUACCUUUAAAGACCAAAGUAUAUGCAGCUGUGAAAGCUACAAAUCUAGAUGGAAGAUGGCACGUCUUUAUGGAUUAUUGUUACACCACACCUUCUGGUAAUCCAAAUGAUGAACAUAGAUAUGAUCUUUUCUUCAGCUGUACCAAGGAUCCACAGACGACAAUUACAGAAAAUGGCAGGAGUCAGAUGGGCAAAUUUUCAUUUGAAGUUUUUCGCUUUGUGAAGCACAAAAACCAGAAGAUGUCUCCAGUGUUUUUACACUGUGUAACAAAGCUUUGCAAAGCAGAUGACUGUCCCUUCUUGACACCAAAUUGCUACAAAAGGAAACGAAGAGACAUAAUGGAGCUCACUACCACAAUUCCUCGCAGUUCCACUGGGAAUGCAGUAAUUACUGCAGGACCUAUUAUCACCAGGAGUGAAAGUGAUGACACAGCAACAAACAAAUCCCAAGUUGGCAACAUGGGAAAAUCUACCUUUCAUUUCAACUCCGUGACAACUUCAUUAGUUUCUGGAAUUGUUAUCCUGAGUGUGAUGACCAUUUCCUUUUUUAUAACCUCUGUGAUUCUUAACAGGAAACGGCAAAAUAGUAGUGCUUUAGCUGGAAUCAGAAAUCCUGUUUUUAACUAGUUAGAUCUGGGUAAUUUGUAUGGUUUUCUUAUCUACAUAAUGCAGCUGGUUAGCAUAUUUCCUGAUUAUGCUAUUUUAGGGCAGGAGGUUAUGAGAUUUUUUUUGUUGUUCUAAGAAUCAAGCAUAGACCUGCUAGAUGUUUUUGUAAUCUAGUUCAUUUACAUUUCCUACCUUACAGCAAUGUCAGAAAAGAACACAUAAUU